AGGAGGACUCUUGACAUGGACGCAACAGAAGAAAGCUGGAAAGACGAAGUACGUGGUAAACUCGCUGAAGUGUUCAAAGACAAAGGAGAAGAUUUAUGCAGAGUACUGUUCUUCCUUGACGAAGAAGAUAAAGCUUACAAAGACUACGCCGCUCGACCUUACGCACCACAAUGGAAAUCUUUGAAAGUCACAUUGGAGAAUGAAACAGCUUUUUUAGAAUUUGCCAAAAGGCUGUCCAAUGAAACAAGAAAAGCAGAAAAAGAUCAGGAGUUUCAAAAACGUAUGAACAUAUUUUAUGCGGAAACGAAGUCCCAUAGCGACACCACUACUGGAAUAGAAAAUGAUCAGGCGUCAGAUCCUAGCCUACCCCUGAAAUGUGAUUCUGCUAGAUUUAUAUCAGUUUUUGGUGGCUUGGCAAGAGCUUGGAGUAUCAGUCCACAUGAAUCGAAAGCUUCUGUUCUGAAUUUCCUAAGAGGAAUGGCAUCUGAACCAGCCAUGGUAACUGCAGUAGAUGAUGCUGUUAAUCUGGUAGAUAAAACGGGAGGCACAGUCGUAAUGGUGGCUCUGGCUGCUGUUUACCUCACUUACAAUGCCUAUGACAAUAUUCGGCGUUGGUGGAAAGGUGAAAUAUCAGGAAAACGAUGCAUAAAAAAUGUGCUGGAUGCCACGUUCACAAUAGGAGCAGGUAUGGCAGGAGGUGCUGCUGGAGCAGCUAUUGGAUCAGUAGGGGGUCCUGUUGGGGCUGUGGUAGGAAGUAUAGUUGGUGGGUGGGUCUCGGCAGCUGGAAUGAGUUAUCUCUCGGAUUGGAUGACACAAAAGCUGUUUGGGUUACCAAAAGAAGAAGCUCUGGAAAACGCUUAUCGAUAUUUGGGUGUGAAAAUGACUGCCUCUAACGCAGAGGUCAACACCGCAUUCCGCAAGUUGUGUCUUCAACACCAUCCAGACAAGGGAGGAAACAAAGAAGAAUUUUUUAAGCUUCAGUGCAAUAUGGCAAUAAUCAAACAAGCUAGGGAAGAUUUCUAAUUCACUGUUGC